CCCGGCGCCGAGCCUGCACCCGCCGCCUUCUUUCCCCUUUUUCUUCACUCCCCCGGCCGCCCCGCCUCGCCCCCGGCCGGCCACAAGCGCUGCCCGGCGGCCGCCAUCUCCUCAGGGCAGGCGCCACCGGCCGCCAGCCGCGCGGGCAGCGGCGGGGACAGGCGGGCGGCGAGGGCGGCAGGGCCCCGAAAUGGCGGCGGGGCCGGCGGUGGAGGUGGUGGCGGGCUGCUACGAGCAGGUGCUGCUCGGCUUCGCCGCGCUGCCCGCCGAGCCCUGGACAGUUGUCCCCGAUUUUACACACCAUGCCCACACUGCCUCGUUGUCGGCGGUAGCCGUGAAUAACAGAUACGUGGUCACUGGGAGCAGGGAUGAGACAAUCCAGAUCUAUGACAUGAAGAAGAAGGUAGAGCAUGGGGCACUGCUGCAGCACAAUGGCACAAUAACAUGUCUGGAGUUCUAUGGUACUUCACAUCUACUGAGCGGAGCUGAAGAUGGACUAAUUUGUAUCUGGAACACAAAGAGAUGGGAGUGCCUGAAAUCCAUUAAGGCACAUAAAGGGCAUGUGACAUCUAUUUCUAUUCAUCCUUCUGGGAAACUAGCUUUGUCAGUAGGAACAGAUAAAACAUUAAGAACUUGGAAUCUUGUAGAAGGACGACCAGCCUUUAUCAAAAACCUGAAGCAAAAUGCCCACAUAAUUAAAUGGUCCCCUGAUGGAGAGAGGUAUGUGACUGUGAUAUCAAAUAAAGUGGACAUCUACAGACUGGACACAGCUUCAAUCACUGGCACUAUCACAACAGAGAAGAGAAUUUCUUCUCUUAGAUUUAUUACAGAUUCUAUUCUUGCCAUAGCCGGAGAUGAUGAAACUGUAAGGUUCUACAGCUGUGACUCCCAAAAAUGUUUGUGUGAAUUUAAAGCUCAUGAAAACAGAAUAAAAGAUAUCUAUAGCUUUGAAAGGGAAGGACAACAUCUUAUUGUUACUGCAUCCAGUGAUGGUUACAUUAAAGUCUGGAAUCUGGAUCUUAAUAAGAUUAAAGAUGCACCAUCUUUACUGUGUGAAGUCAACACCAAAGCUAGGCUGACAUGUCUUGCAGUAUGGCUUGACCAAGGUUCAGAAUUGAAGGAAAAUUGUGAUAAGACAGCAACAUCAUCUCAAGCAAAUGAAGAUGAGAAAUCAUCAAUAGUCAGGAAAAAGAAAGUUUGUCGGACAGAUAGAAGUGAUAAAACGGUGAAAACGGAUAGAAAAAUUACUCCGAAGAAGCGAAAAUUGGAAACCCCACUGCAAAAGAAAAAAAAGAAACACAGUAGCUCAGAAUGAAGGCAACUACUUUAUCUCCUGAAUAAGAAGUAAACGCUGGUGUUGCUGUAGUUUUUACAAGGAUGUAAACCUCUGGCAGGACAAAUACCUCUGAACUGAGAUGAUUAUUAAAAGUAAUCAGUUUUUUUUACCCAGAUAAACUGGUCAUUCAUGAAGGUAGUAAAAGAGAUGGCAACUUUUCCUAAAAGAAUGAUGCAAAAAUAAAUUCACGGUAUAAAAUAUUUAUAUUUUUAUGUUUACAACGGCAUACACUAUUUAACUGACUUUGAAAUAGCCGGCUAAAAUGAUAAAAAUAGCCAAACCUGUCUCACGUACAUUUAUGUCUCAGCUAAAUUCAUAUUAAAGAUACCUAUGGUUUUUCAUUUUUGUGUCAGAAAUUUACUGAAAUUCAGUCAGAAUAGGAUCUGCCUUUGUCAUGCAUUCUCUUACUGUAAAAAGAAACAUUAAAAUUGAUUUAAAUACUUUUUAA